AUGCCUGCUCUCUCAGCCUCAAAUUUUAACAGUUCCAAAUUUGUUCUCACUGGUUUUCCUGGCCUAGAAGGAUACUAUUUAUGGUUUUCCAUCCCUUUUACUCUCAUCUACGCCAUGGUGUUCCUGGGAAAUUGCAUGAUACUGCACGUCAUCCGAACUGAGCCGAGCCUCCACGUGCCCAUGUUCUACUUCCUGGCUAUGUUGGCCCUCACCGAUUUGUGUGUGGGACUGUCCAGUGUGCACACGGUGCUGGGAGUGCUCUGGGAGUUCAUUCAAGAGAUCAGCCUGGAUUCCUGCAUUGCUCAGUCCUACUUCAUCCAUGGUCUGUCCUUCAUGGAGUCUUCUGUUCUCCUGGCUAUGUCCUUUGAUCGCUACAUUGCCAUUUGCAACCCUCUACGCUAUUCCUCUAUCUUAACAAAUGAAAAAAUCAUGAAAAUUGGUGUAAUGAUCUUAUGUAGGAGCACUUUACUCAUUCCUCCUGUCAUCAUUCGCCUGCGAUUCUUAAAUUAUUGCCGACCUCAUGUCCUCUCUCACUCUUUCUGUUUGCACCAAGACUUAAUCCGAAUGGCCUGCUCAGAUAUUCGCUUCAAUAGUAUUUAUGGACUGGCUCUGGUGAUCAGCAACCUGUUACUGGAUGCCGUGCUUAUCAUUAUCUCUUAUGUAAUGAUCCUUCACACAGUCUUAGCCAUUGCAUCCAGGGAGGAGAGACUCAAAUCACUGCAAACCUGUGUGUCUCACAUCUGUGCGGUGCUGGUGUUCUACAUCCCCAUCAUUGGCCUGACCAUGGUGCACCGCUUUGGAAAACACCUCUCCCCACUGGUUCAUGUGCUCAUGGGCAACAUCUACAUCCUUUUCCCUCCCUUGAUGAACCCCAUCAUUUAUAGCAUCAAGACCCAGCAGAUACGAAGGAGAGUCCAGAGAUUGUUUUCCUUGAAAGGAACCUAA